GGGGUCGCUGCCGCCCCCUCCGCCCGUGCCGGGCAGGGUCGUCGCCGCAGCCGCCACAGCCACCACCGCCACUGCACGGGAGCCGGGACUGGCGCGGCCAACCCCUCCGCGCCCGUGACGCGAGGCCUGAGGGACGGAGUGGAGGGGGGAGCGAAGGACGCCGGGGCUGCCAUGAGGGAGGCGGCGCUGAGGUGAAGGAUGCUGGCCUGGAGGCCUGGAGCCCGGAGCGUGGGCGCUGGACGGGGCCCCGAGUCGUCGGACGCCCGCGACGGAGCCGCCCUUGGCCCCCACUUGGGCCGCGGGCGCUGCCGGCCUGCCGCCGACCUAGAUAUGAAAAUGCAUCUGGAGAAAAAUCUAGAAGAGGAGCGUCAGAUAUUACUGCAGCAACAAAAAAUAUGUCGAAUUCGAGCACGUAAAUAUUUUGUGGAAUCAAACCAGAGAAAAAAAGCUUUUGAAGAAAAACGAAAAGAACAAGAAGAAAAAGAACAACAAAUCAGAGAACAAAUACUUCAACAAAGAAAAGAGAAGUUUGAAGAAGUCACUGAAAAAUUCCAGCGUGCUCAUAUUCCUCUUUCACAACGGAGGAGAGCAGUUUUUCAAAAACGAGUUCCUCUGUUGGAAGAAGCCCUCAAGCAAAUUCAAGAAUCCAAUUUAAAAUCAGAAGUAAACCUCCUCCCUUCCUACAGACCAACAAUAAAUUGGAGAGCUAUAGAUAAUGCCUUGCCUUCAUCAUUGUCAAAAAAUGAUCACAAGCAUCAGAAACAUCUCUUAUCCAAAAUCAAUUGUGGUAAAGAAUUGAAGGAAAACAACAGGGCAAACUUGGCUACUAACAGAGAUGCGUUCCAGCUUAAACUGGAAGAAACUCAGAAACUCCUAGAAGAUCAGCAUCUAAGCAGUUUGCAAAUAUUUUGUGAUGAAGUUAAUCAACUAACAAAUUCUGAAACCCUCUCGAGUAUAGACAGUCUUGAGGCUGGGGAACAUGAAGAAAUAUACUUAACACUUGAGGAGCUCUGCACAUCGAGCCAGAAGAGCCCCAUUUCUCCCAAAGCAGUCAAUCUGCAGGCAGCUAAUCUGAGCGGCGGUGGUGAAGACGAACUGUCAUUCUCUAAAACUCAGCGUAUAAACAACUGGCUCAUAAACGUAAAUGACCCAAAGACUGAGACUGUCACAUCUGUCUCGGAUAUUUUAAGCAAAGCGAAUGUGCUGCCUUCUUGUGAAUGUCUGAACGGCGAGGACCAAAGUGCGCCCGCGGACAGGGUGACAGAGCGUGCUGACCAUUCAGUAGCCUCGGGGCACAGCCGCCCCGCAUCCCGAAGCGAUGGGAAACGCACAAAGGUCUCCGAAACGAGCGCUGGGAGAGCGGCCGACUCCUGCUCCGGCACAUUCAAAAGGGAGAGACCCUUCGUUACUGAGAGCCCAACGUUUAAAUUCAGCAGAGUGGGGACCGCUGCGGACCGUCUCACACGGGAGCCGGCGACGUUUGCAGACCGCCGCGGCGCUUCUGCGUUAGCUGCAGAGAGCGCAGCCGCUUCGUGUGUGCCGGUGGCGACCCGCACGGCUCUGCCUUGCGGCGGGCCGGCCGCGAGGCCCUCGCCGGAGAGCAGCCCGCGAAGACCGCUGGGCCCGGCGCAGCGUUCGGACAAGUUGGGAGGCUUGCCCGAGGUCAGAGAGGACACGUUACAGGACGUUCCCCGGGAUAAGGCGGACCCGCCCUUGUUUUCAGCCGGCGUCCCCGUUGCCUGUGUCCCUCCCCGCUCUGCCUCGGACGGUGGGACACACGCAAGAGCCCAAACACCAGCCUGGGAGGGUUCCGUCGCCGCUAAGUGUGACUCGGUAGGGACGCACAGGACGGGGAAGCACAGCGCGCACGAGAGAGGCGGCGGGGGCUUCCUCAAGAGCAUCUUGAAAAAAGAAUCUAAGUGCGAGCGCGGCCGUUUUAAGGCGCUGGUGGUAAACCACAGCGGCAGGUGCGGAGGUCCGAGGGCGGCUCUCCGAGACAGCGCUGAAUUCGCGCAAGAGAAGGCUACGGAAACCGCAAAGACCGUUAAGAAACUGAGGUGGUUUGACGAACCGGGAGACCCCGCGGGCCAGGCGCUGAAGAGCAGGACGGAGCCGUGUCCACAGCGGGGUCCGCCUUUCCGCCCUCAGCCGCGCAGGGGAGCUGCGGGCCGGGGGGCAGCGCGGCCGCAGGAGGACGGCGUCUCGGAGACGGCCGCCGCCCCCGGAGCACCUGCCGCAGCCCCGGUGCCUCUCACCUGUUUCGUGCCUUCCGGCUGCGACGCGGCCGGACAAGCCUGGCCGACCUCAGGGACGGGGGGACGGCCACCCCCGCGGCCCCGGGGGGAUUCUAAAGCUGGGACGGCUAGGCCGCGCGGUGCCGGGGCCCGCAGGAGAACGAGAUCGGCCCCCGCGCAGGGCGCGCUGUCGUGCGCGCUUGGAAGGGACGCCGCGCCCCGGCCGCGCUCGGCUAGCAGAGCCCACGGCCCCUGGGCAGCUCAGGGCGCACCGCCCGUGCCUCCGCCUCCGCCCCGCAGCACGAGCUGCAGGAGCCCGUGGGCGUUUGGCGGCCCCGCAACGCCGCAUGGAGACCCGCAGCCGGUGAUGGCGCCAGGCUGCCUCCGCGCCAGCCCCGUGCUUCCCCCGGAGCGCGGCGGGCUGGGCGCGUGGGGUCCGGAAGGUGGCGGGCCGCUCGCACACAUGCCUUCGGGGCCCGGGCCUGCGAUGCCUUCUCCACCCCGUGGUUCGCGGCGCCGGACGCGCGCCGAAGCAGCCGGCUCGGGCGGCACCGGGGCCCGUCCUGCCUGCGGAGACGGCCGCCGCCCGCCGCCCCUCAGGGCCGUCCCGGAGGAGUCCGUUCCCCGACGGAAGGCGCCGAGUGACGCGCGCGGCCGCAGGGAACCGGAUGCUGGCUUUCCUGUUGUAAGAAGAAAGCGAAUUGUUGAAGAUAAGCAGAGAAGCCUUUUGGAACAGAAAAGACAAAACCCUGGAUCUGCAGGAAAGAAGUGUGACGAGUGCACGCAUAAUUUGGAGCAAAGUGCCCAGCCAAAUUCAAGUGAGCCAAAACAUACUACAAGGUGUACUUCUGAUGUUGAAGAAGUUUCAGAUAGUACUUCUCAGUUUUUGAUGGCUGAAAACCUAGUGAAAGCUUCAGUGCCUGAGGAUGAAAUUCUCGCUGUCAUGAACAGCAGGCAACUACAGAAACCACAUCUGGCUGUAAAUAAGACCCAGCCGUUCAACGUCUGUGCACUCCCGGCUGCAGAACAGAAGCUUCUCCAGUCCCUCAGUCACCACAAUGAGAGGUUCCACUAUGUACAAGAAGCCAUUUGCAAGAAUCCAUCCAUCAGAAAUACCUUACAAAUAAUACCACUUCUGAACAGCCGGCCGAGAGGCAGCCCGUCCCUGGGGGUCGGAUCCAGGCUGCAGAGGAAGUACUGACGGACCGCAGCGGCGAGUAUGACUGUUCUCGCGGCCAUUAACAAUGGCCUGUAAAUAGAGCAUAGAUUUCCGCAUUUGUUAAGGAUUUAAAUAAUACAACCAUAAGAUAAAGGUAAAUCAUCACAUGAGUAAUGGAGAUAAAUUGACUAGUUUACAUUUAUGCUACAAGGUUAUUAUGUAUUUUAUUGAUAAUACGUUUUUAGUGAAGGGAAAUGUUUCAUUGUUUUUAGUGAGCCUGCUACUGAAAACACAUUCAUUAUAUUUGAAAAUAAAAUGGUAUUUUGUUAUUCAAAUUAUGUAUUAGCUAUAGUUGUGAAGUUUUGUUUUUCUGAAAUUCCUAAUAAAUUCUAUUAAAUUUUGGUA